UGGUUCCACGGAACCACUGUUCAAGGGGCUGGAGUCGAGGCUAAUAACUACUGCUAGCUAAUAGCUAGCUGUACAUGAUGUUGAUACUUUUCCGAAAGCUCUUUUCCUCUUCUGUGAGGAGUCAUGCUACAGUGUGGAGGCCAGCGGUAUUCACCUUACUGGUGGGUGGUGUGUCAUAUACUGCCAGUGGAGUGUAUGCAGCAGAACAUAAACUAUCGCAAGUACAAGUCUCUAGAAAGGAUAAUUUAAUAAGCAAGAUACGGAGAUGGUGGUCAAAUGUUGGCGCUGUCAACAGAUUCUCCAUCACCAUGAUUAGCCUCAACUCUCUAGUGUUCCUGCUCUGGAGGGUGGCUCCAAUGUACAGACUAAUGGAUAAAUAUUUCAUAUCUUCCAUUUCCAGCAAGUCAUCUCUACCUCUCCUCCUCUCUGCGUUCAGCCACACAGAGGUGUGGCAUCUUGGUCUCAACAUGUUAGUACUGUGGAGCUUCACCCCCGCACUUAUGAGGACCCUAGAGGACAUGGAUAGCUCCAUCAGCUCCUGGCCCUACUACCUCACUGGAGGCACCUUUGCAUCCAUGGUUGGCUACUACUCCAAGGUUUUUAAAAAGCUGCCCAUAGGAUCACUCGGAGCUUCAGGUGCCCUAAUGGCAGUGGUCUCCAUGGUGGUGUUCAACAACCCGGACUCUGUGGUCUACCUCAUCUUUCUCCCCUUUGUACCCAUCCCAGCCUCGUGGGCUCUUGGAGGUGUUGUUGCCUUGGAUGCAAUAGGUGUUAUUAGAGGGUGGCAAUUCUUUGACCAUGCUGGACAUUUAGGAGGAGUCUUGUUUGCUGUGUUGUAUCAGUGGUGGCUUCACAAGGUGUGCAGUAACAUUCACCUCAAGUCGGCUGUUGGGUGGUUCAAAGCACGAUCAAAAACAAACAGUUAGCAUUCAUAAAUGAAUUUGUUAUCAUGACAUUAAAUCACAGUUUAUAAAAAAUGCAAUAAAAAGUUGAUGAUACGUUUAAAA